GGGGGGGGCGCCGGGGCCGGGGGGCGGCGCUCCGGCCCGGCCCGGCCCCGCCCGAUGUCCAUGAGCGCGAACACCAUGAUCUUCAUGAUUCUGGGGGCGUCGAUCGUGAUGGCCAUCGCGUGCUUGAUGGACAUGAACGCGCUGCUGGACCGAUUCCACAACUACAUCCUCCCGCACCUGCGGGGCGAGGACCGCGUCUGCCACUGCAACUGUGGCCGGCACCACAUCCACUACGUGAUCCCGUACGACGGGGACCAGUCCGUGGUGGACGCCUCCGAGAACUACUUCGUGACGGACAACGUCACCAAGCAGGAGAUCGACCUCAUGCUGGGGCUGCUGCUCGGCUUCUGCAUCAGCUGGUUCCUGGUGUGGAUGGACGGCGUCCUGCACUGCGCCGUGCGCGCCUGGAGGACCGGUCGGCGCUACGACGGCUCGUGGACCUGGCUGCCCAAGCUCUGCAGCCUGCGGGAGCUGGGCCAGCGGCCGCACAGGGCCUUCGAGGAGGCGGCGGGGAACAUGGUGCACGUGAAGCAGAAACUCUACCACAACGGCCACCCGAGCCCGCGGCACCUCUGAGCCGCGCAGGACUCGCGGGGCCGCCGGCCACCGCGCCCACCUACACGGGACUGGACGGCCACCCCGGGCCAGGGCGCCCGCGGCCACCGGGCGUGUCCAGCGGAAGGUGCUGUCUCCUCUUCUUUUUAUAAAGGGGUCGGGUGGGGCCGA